UUUUACCUCAAAGAACGCCCGUAAUCAUAACGUACAAACAUGAUCUUGCUAAUUGAAUUUAAAAUAAUAUAAAUUUUAAUCUUAUUUUUAUAAAUUGAAGAAAUAUUUGUUUUUUCAAUAAUUCUGUUUAAUUUACGUCAUGAUGAUGAAUAACAAGGGGUAUUAUGAUUACGAACUACGAAGUAAGCUUACAGCUUAGAAGUGGUGUGCAUACUGUGCAAUGCAAUGCAUAUCUUCAACUUCGGUCAUAGUUAAAAGUAAACACUUGGGUGUAAUUAAAAGUUAUUGUUUUAGUAAACUAUGUAAUUUUAAAUGUUGUGCAAGAAAAAAUUAAGCAUAAGCUACAAUGGUUUAGAUUGGUUAGUUUUAAAAACAUUUAUUACAGUUGCAUUCAGUACCGCACCUGAAGUAUGACGGAGUACAAACUUGUUGUGGUCGGAGCUGGAGGUGUGGGAAAAAGUGCCUUAACUAUACAGUUAAUACAAAACCACUUUGUGGACGAAUAUGACCCUACAAUUGAGGAUUCUUAUCGUAAGCAGGUAGUGAUCGACGGUGAAACAUGUUUGUUAGAUAUUUUAGAUACCGCUGGUCAAGAAGAGUACAGUGCCAUGAGAGACCAGUACAUGAGGACUGGAGAAGGGUUUUUGUUAGUAUUUGCAGUUAACAAUGCAAAAUCAUUUGAAGAUAUAAGUAAUUAUAGAGAACAAAUCAAAAGGGUUAAAGAUGCUGAAGAAGUACCGAUGGUUUUGGUCGGAAACAAAUGUGAUUUGCCGACUAGAGCUGUUGAAAUGAAUGUAGCUCAUGACAUUGCCAAGCAAUAUGGAGUGCCGUUUGUUGAAACUUCAGCGAAAACUAGGCAAGGUGUUGAUGAUGCUUUCUACACUUUGGUUAGAGAAAUUAGGAAAGAUAAGGAACAAAGAGGGAAGGAGAAACGCAAAAAGCCCGGCAAGCGAAGAAAGCACUGUCACCUAUUCUAACUCGUGGCCAACAGCAGUCGUCAGCCUCGCCUUGUCCAGCUAACGCUUUCUUCUUCCAUAUAUUUUGUAAUGUGUCUACUUUUCACAGUUGUACAGAAUUGCAUGCAAAACUACUUGAAUGCAACUCGUGCUGGAAUACGAACAAAAUGCCCCAACAUUAAACUUGGCCGGCUGGGCUACUCAUCACUGCCAAGAUAGCACUGGUCAUACCUGGAUGCAUCUUGAUUGUGGACAACUCAAAUAAGAUUAAUGAUAGGUAUUUUGGCGUGAAAUGAUUUAAGUGAACAAGUGGACUCAUAGUUCUUUUAUAACGACGCAUUUGGUAUCACAUUACUAGCUUACAGCUCUUUUUAUCGUCUUUGUCAUCAUAGUAUUUAAGUACUUGAGUCGGCCAAAAUGUUGAUGAAUACUAAUGCAAUUUUACUAUCCAGUUAUUGUUAGAUAAACAAAUUGUAAUUAUAUUCUAAUAAAUGAUGACUAGCCUAGUGGAGGUGAAUAGACCCUAGUUAGGGACUGUGCGUGUGAGAGCGUGCAAGCGCUUGUCUCCAUAUCGUUAGUGUACUUUUACGCACACUCUGCACAUUUGAGAACCAAUAUAUUAUGUAUAAAAUAUGUACAGUUUUUUAUAAAAAUUAUUAUAUUCUAGAAUUAUUUAAUGAAAUUGUAUAUUAUAAUAAUGUAUAUGAUACAGUAGAUGAUUGAUAGUUCAAAUUUGUUCAAUAUCCAUCUACAAGAGAAUAUACAAAUGUAUUCUGCGUUUUAAAUUUGAUCAUUUCGAUGACAAUUUUUCAAAAUGCCUGAUCAUUGAAAUAGUUUAUUUUUAGGAUAAUUAUACUUUAUUAUAAUCUGGUUUAUAAUAAUUUUAGCUUACGUUUUAGAAUUUUAUAUGUAAGUUAAAUAAUAAACAUGACGAAAUUUGUACAACUUUGUUUUUUAAAGAUUUUAAAUCUUAUUAAGUUUGAGAAAACCAAUGAUGAGCCUCCUUUGUCGAUAUUUUCGGUUGCCUCAAAUUCUCAUAAGUCGAGGUAAGUAGAGAGUAUUACUACUUACCUUUGUGAUUUUCAUUCUUCUGAAUAAUUACUAAUUUUUAACUAAGCUAUAAUUAAUAUUUUUAACUGAGAGAUUAUACAAAUCUAUUCUAUUUUUCUGUAAGUUAUUAACGUUAAAUAUUCAGAGUUGCUAAUUAUUCUACAACUUUGGAAAGCUCAAAGUUGCUUUCUUGUAUUUUUUGUAUUGUGUUGUUAUAAUUGUGUUUUCCAUAAUCAGAAUCAACCGUAAUUAAAAUGAGUAAAAUUUGUGAAUUUAAGCACAAAUUUGUAGGUACCGUAAAAUUUAUAUUUGCUACUUAGUUCAUUUUUAAUUGUUAUCUCCCUACAUAAACAUUUUAUUUUUAAAUCAAGCUGUGCUAUUGCGUAGUACAUCAUUUUUGUUAUAGAUUUUCUAAUUUUAGAGUUUAAUAUAUAUAUAUUUUAACUUAUUACUGAGUUGGCUAUAUUGUCUUCAUCUAUUUAUAAAGAAAAUAUAUUCCAUGAUUUUAGAAA